UGUGUACAAGCGCUGCCCAAUCUCGUACGAGCAACUGUCUCGGCGUCCUUCUGAGUGCUGGAGGAAUAUGGCGGAUCGGCUCACUCAGCUGCAGGACGCGGUGAACUCGCUUGCAGAUCAGUUUUGUAAUGCUAUUGGAGUGUUGCAGCAGUGUGGUCCUCCUGCCUCUUUUAGUAAUAUUCAAACAGCAAUUAACAAAGAUCAGCCAGCUAAUCCUACAGAAGAGUAUGCACAGCUGUUUGCAGCCUUAAUUGCACGAACAGCAAAAGACAUUGAUGUUUUGAUAGAUUCCUUACCCAGUGAAGAAUCUACAGCUGCUUUGCAGGCUGCUAGCUUGUAUAAGCUAGAGGAAGAAAACCAUGAAGCUGCUGCCUGUCUGGAGGACAUAGUUUAUCGAGGGGACAUGCUUCUGGAAAAGAUACAAAGUGCACUGGCGGAUAUCGCACAGUCACAGCUGAAGACAAGAAGUGGCGCUCAUAACCACUCUAUGCCAGAGUCCUAGUGCCGGAGUGUAUCUGCUGUGUGACAAAGGAACUCUUUCAGUGCCACUAAGAAUUUUGCAUCAGGUUGAGAUGUAAGCCUUACCAACUUUUCAGCACGAUGACACAUGCUAUCUUUUUAGGUAUUUUUAAUAGUGUUCUAUUUUCAAUCUUGAUAAGUAAGCUUGUAAAGUUGUAAUGAACCAGCUUUAAUCCAUCGUUAAACCCUCAUUUUUGUUAUCUGAAUGAAAUUACUGAGGCUGAUAAUGCAUCAAUGAUCAUAAUUAAACAUGUACUGUAAAAGUC